AUGACCGGAGAGUCUCAUAUAGCGGAGGGGCAGUUCUCCUCAACGGAAGAGCAGCCGGGUGUGCCAGUCGGAGCCAUGGUUGGCAUAGCGCUUGGGUCAACACUUGUGCUAUUUCUCAUCCUCGGCUUCGGACUCGUCUGGCUUGGAAAACGAAAGGCUGAGAAACGUCGCAACUCUUUUCAAGCCAAGGGACUGGUCUUGGAAGAGGACGUGGACGAAGAACGAGUAGGAAGCCCGAACAAGCUGCGAAAGCGCGAAGUUCCCGAGAACUUUAUGGCUGAUCGUUCGCCAUCACCUAUUCAGAGAAUACCGCUACCAGUUCUUCCACCCAUCACUUCGCGCCGGGCUUCAUUCAGCAACUUUUUUGGCGUCAUGGGUGCUGGGAGUAGAAGGGUAGUUGGUGACGCAGGAGGCAGUCAAAGGAGACGAAACUCGAACUGGAUAGACGAGGAUGCCAUCCACGGACCAAAAGUCAAAAAGCAUAAGGACACCAGUGGGAAGAAACUGAUGCGGGACUCUUGGCCGCUCAAAGCCAUGGUACCGACGUUGCCUAAGCUACAUCAUCACACAGAAAGCCAUCACAGUCAGCAGGCCGAGCAAUUGUUUGUCGAGGACGACGCGGUGAGGAGUCUACCACAGGCCCCUCGGCCACUUGGGUAUGGUGCGCAGGGACAAGAAGGCCAGGACUCGCCUCCGCGACUGAAAAACUACUACGGAGAUGGCAACCGUGACGGAAACCACAGACGGCCGUCGACGGCUCGAGGGCGACAGUCAUCUACAGACUCGACUCUAUCGCAAAUUUUGGCUAAAACGGAAAUGCGCCUAGAGCAAGGGACCAUCACGGGCGUUGCACGAAGGAACCGAGCGGCUGCAUCGCCCGUCAAGAGGUGGAACACGAGCAACAGCAGGAGCAUGGAAAGCAUCAGCAGGCGCGGCCUAACAGGGGUGGACGAUGACCAUGACGACCGGGACCGGGACCGGCACAAAGACGAUCGCAGCCGCACACCAAGUCCAACAAAGUCUGGCAAGUCGCAGCCGUCGACACCUUACCAUGCCCACGACCGCAAGCUCUCCGUUUCGUCUGACAUAUCAGAGCCAGAAAGCAUGUACAACCUAGCGGCAGUCGCUGAUGCGGAUGAUGCGGAUGCCAUGGCAGGUCUACCCAGGGGUCUCUCGAGCCCCAGCAGGAGUCCAUCCCGUCAAGAAAGUCGACCCCAGAUGUCCUCUCCGCUCAGCAGCAUUUCGUCGUCGUUGUCUACAGUAUACAGUGAGGACGAGAGCAACAAUAAUGACAACAUCACCCAGAUCACCAGUCAUCCGUCGAUCAGCAUGUCUGACAACAUGAACCGGACUACAGCAUCUGACCCUUUCUCUUCGGAUGAUUGCACCCCAAAGGCUAGCCAAAAACCCCCAUGCAGUCCAGGAAAGCUACGGGUUGGUAACGUGCGGGUAGCUUCCGUUGGGCCGCCGAAGCUGGUGCUCAACCGACCGCCGAAACUCCGAUCACCAAGCUCCUCGUCGACUGACCAGCGCGACGCCGGCAUGCCUCUGUCAAGCAUCUCACCCAACGGAAGCCCCAGACCCAAGAGUUUUGGCAGUCAAUCGCUCGAGGGGUCGUCAUUGGAAAAUAAAGAGGUCACACCAGCCCGCCAUGGAACCAGCAUUUUCCCAGCACCAACGCUUCGGCAAGUGUCACUGGUCAGCAGUGAUGAGGACGAAGCUGCCACGCCGCCAAAGCCAACUGUAGUGAUCACCAGCCCAAGCACCAUGAACUCCAGGCAGUCACUGUUCAGCCCAGGCAUGUUCAGAGGUAGGGACUUUGACAGUCCUUCGGUCGGUCGUGUCAAGGUUGUGCCACCUCCUCUGGACCUCAGAGUCGAGAACCUCGACAGGACAUGGUCGCCAACUCUUGGUUUCGAAGAGGAUGACUACGUAUCGAUCGUAACACCAAGUCCGCUGCCCAGUCCGAGCAUUCCCUCUCCAUCACAAUUCACCAGACCCACCGCUGAAGACUCUGCAACCGAGAUGCGUGGACACAGGGGUGACCGGAGACUCUCAACUGCCUCUUCGAUAUACUCGCAGUAUACAGACGUCGUCAAUCUCAACAGAGUCAAUCCUCAGUACCGGCCAGCCCAGCCACCGCUUCCAGAGGCCGUUGGGGGACGGGAGCGGGGCCAAUUCGAGGAGAUGGGUACGGUAAAGGUCGCAAAGCGACGUGCUGAGCCGUCGCUUCUUGGGGCUCGCAUGCCUGCGCGAUCAAGUGUUUUGAUGAGCGAGCAAGCUGCCAGCCCGGCAGGCGGAAACAGAAAGUUUCUCAUGACGGGUGCCAUUGCGGAGCUGAGGCGGAUGAACAGCCAGGUGAGCGCGUACAGCAACUCGUCAUCGCAGCCAUCGACCACGGCCAACAAUGGCCCCGCGAGCCCAACGCUACCCCGACUGAGGGGUGGUGGCUUCAGCCCAGCGGCCCCACCGGUUGGGUCAAGAAACUACCUGUCGCUGGGGGAAGCCGUGGCCAGCGGUGAAGAAACGGAGGCGGCGCCGCAGAAUUCGCAUCUAUCAUCACCGCCACACUCGUCGCCCAGCAGCGUAGUAACACCGCGCGGAUGUGCCAUGUCGAUAUGGGGUGGUUGCGAGGAUCGGCAGUCGUCUUGUUCGCCGCCGGCGGCCCAACGGUCGUCGGUGGAGGAUAUGGACGACCAGCUGAUGCAGCUCAAGAUGCCCAAGCUAGACUUUGACAGGUUCUCGGGUAGUUUCCGGGCUGCGGUCUCGGAGCGCUUCAUCAGCGACUUUGGCAGCCUAGAGAAGCGUGGAAGCGGAUACGAGACGACAGGCACACCCUCCAGAUUUCCCGUCGGAUACCAGCGCAAUAUGCACGCAAGGAGUGCGAACAUGGCGGCCAUGGAAGGGGUUGAUGGAAGCCCCGACAGGAGAAGUGUUGAUAGUCUGGGGCUGUAUGACCAGGACGGGUUUCUAAUCGCGUCUCCGGACCGGGCUCGCAUCAUCCCGGCUCCUGGGAGAACUCGGGGGCUAAGGAUAUAA